AUGGACGUGGCCACAUGCGCACCUGCACUUCACAUCUGGAUGGAGGCAAAAGUGAAGGAAGAAGUACCCGAUAAGGACUAUCAACCGACCACUACUGAAAGACGAAAAUCCACAACAUCAGGCAAGGAGCAUCGAUCACCAGAACAGGAGGAGACCAGAUCGUCCCCAGCUCCUGGGCCACCGAGUCCACAGAUUAACGGCACCGCAGCGGCUCUAUCGUCAACUGAGUCUCUUUCACCGCCUCUACCAGAAGGUUCCAAGUCGGCACCGGCGCUGCAGCGUCUCCGCAAAUUUGUAUCCGCCCUUCAUCAGUUCGCGAAUGACAUGGGGGCAGAUAUAGGUGAACGUGUGAGACAACUGAUAUUCAACUUAGUUGCUGGAGUGAUGAACAUCGAGGAUUUCCAAUCGGGCGUGCAAGAGUGCACCAACUAUCCUUUGCGCGCGUCUGUUCCCGGUUUCCUGAGGGCUUUGCUUCCUUUGGCACAAAGGGACUUGCACGCGAGAGCUAGGAGAAUGAAACAGACACCACUUCAGUACAUAAGGUCACACGAGCACCUUAUACUGGAGGCACCCGGUGAAGGAGACAUCUUUGCGCAGCACGGCUCCGCUGAAGCUGGAGCGAAGCGCCGAGCCAGCGACCCAUUCUAUGAGGCCCAAACGAACGGUUCUCAUGACGACUACCCUCCACACGCGAAGAGGCCCAGUCUCUUCAACCCUUCUCCGUUCUACCCUCUUCCCAGCAACGCCAGCUUGUUCGAAUACCCCUACCACGGAUACCACCCGCAGGAACAGCCGUUCGAGAGGCGAGAUGGUGGUAUAUCAGUGCGCGAUGUCUCCUCAAUGAAUGCCACACUCCCAGAGCCUCGCCCCCAAGGGUUGCUGAAAAAUGAUGACGAGUGGAAGAACAUCAACACUAUGCUGAACUGCAUCCUAAGCAUGGUCGAGAAGACAAAACGGGCCCUGGCUAUACUGCAGCAAAGAAGCACAGGUGUAGAGCCAGCUGAAAACACAGAUAUAAAACGCGUCGCGAGCGAGAUCAUGGCCGCUGCUGUACGACAGACGGAGGAAAGAGUCGCCGAAGUCCGGAGACGAGCUGAAGAUGCUGUUAAUCAGGUGAAACGCCAAGCUCUGCUGGAGUUACAGCGUGCUGUUGGAGCGGCAGAAUCCAAAGCACUGGAACUGGUUGCAGCGGAACGAGGAAAGGUGGAGAGACGGCACUCGCCCCCGCCGGGCAGAGAUUUGAGUCCCAGCUCCGCGGGACAGCAAUGUUGCUGGAAUUGUGGUCGCAAAGCGCAAGAAACUUGUUCUGGUUGCAAUGCGGCUCGAUACUGCGGCGCCUUCUGCCAGCACAAGGACUGGGAGAACCAUCAUCAGGUCUGCAGCGGCCGCGAUCAAAAACCAUCGGCCAUGUUGCGUUCCUCGCCACCAGCGUCUGCGACCCUCGCGAAAGCCCUCCCCCGUUCUACCACCCCCAUCUCCACAACGCAGGCCACCCCCACCACAACUAUUCCGGACAACAGGCUGUCAAUAACCAGCAUCAACCCUGACAGAUUACUCAACCAAAACAAUCUGACAGGUGCUAAUGAGAGAAUAGCCCUGGCAACACUGUCCACCGCGCAAGGCCUCAUCGGCGCAAUUGGCGGGAAAAAAUGA